UGACUCUUAGAUGGAGCCCAGAAGCCUUAUUGAGGACCUGCAGUAGAGGUGCAACCCAUGACUGGCAGUGCAAAAACAGUGAUAACAGCUGAGCUCCAAGCAGAGACCCGGGACUUUGCCUCACCACAUACAUAAUUCUUCCCUGCAACACCUCUACCAAGCUGCCCAGUAAAUCAACAUGAGUCGCCACAGCACCAGCAGUGUGACUGAAAUCACACCAAAGAACAUGUUCUGGGGCAGUGAACUCAAUCAGGAAAAACAGACUUGCACCUUUAGAGGCCAAGGCGAGAAGAAGGACAGCUGUAAACUCUUGCUCAGCACGAUCUGCCUGGGGGAGAAAGCCAAAGAGGAGGUGAAUCGUGUGGAAAUCCUCGGCCAGGAAGACAGAAGACCCCCAAUCACUAUUGCCACGCUGAAGCCCUCUGUCCUACCCAUGGUCUCAGUGUCAGGCAUAGAGCUUUCUCCUCCAGUGACUUUUCGGCUCAGGACUGGCUCAGGACCCGUGUUCCUCAGUGGCCAGGAAUGUUAUGAGACCUCAGACCUGGCCUGGGAUGAUGAUGAGGAAGAAGAGGAGGAAGAGGAGGAGGAAGAGGAGGAUGAGGAGGAUGCAGAUCUAUCACUAGAAGAGAUACCCGCCAAACAAGUCAAAAGGGUGGCUCCCCAGAAGCAGAUGAGCAUAGCUAAGAGAAAGAAGGUGGAAAAAGAAGAGGAGGAAGCAGCAGUGAGGCCCAGCCCUCAGGACAAGAGCCCAUGGAAGAAGGGGAAAUCUACACCCAAACCUAAGAAGCCCGCGUCCAAGAAAUGAGCUCAUCUUAGCAUCUUCUGUGUCCAAGGCAGGAUGUCCACCAGCUGUGCUCUGGUGCAGGUGUCCAGCCCCACCACCUUAGUCUAAAUGUAGUAAAGUGUCGUAAGAGCUCUGCAGCCCAGCCCUCCAGUUUCCAGAGGCUCUUGACGAAGAAGCCCCAAGCAAGCGUGCUUGCUUGGGGCCACAAUAAAAUUUGCAUGAUCA